AUGCACCCGCGCCUUGUGGGCCUGCAGGGCGCACGGCUGCGUCGGCCGGCCUCGGCCGAUGCAGGCGAAAACUGGCAGGAUAUCGCUGCCGCCUUUUUCUCCGACGAUGAUUGCCAGGCAGGCUCCACGGACGAGAGCUGCGCGCUGAACGCCCUCCAACUUGCCCGCUGCACAGGGGAUUUCGAGACUGAAGUCCGCGCCCCUCUCAUGGAGAUGGUGAAGCAGCUCAAGGACAUCACCAACCAGCUGGUCGUCUCCCUGAACGAGGCCGACGAGACGUCCAAGGAGGACAACAACAUGGGGCUCCUGCCACUCACGACUGCCGCCAACAAGAUCCUGCGAAAGGUGGGCCCAACGUUCUUGCUGAUGCUGAACAACACGAAUGCCGCCAAGCGCGACCCAGGCCUUGAGCAGUACGGGGAGCACGCGGUCAUGCAGCAGGACUCCAUGCUGACGAUGCUGAAGUUUACCGUCGUGCACUCCGGCCUCGUCAUGCAACAGGUGAUCGAUUCCACCGACGAGACGAGCAACGACUUUGCCGUCGAAGUGAACGAGGAUGCUCAGGCGGCACGCGAAUGGCUGAAGAGUUCGCUGCUGGCAUCCUGGCUCAGCGCCAAGGACAUGCUCCCGAGGGUCCAAGCGCUUGUGAACGGCAGCUACAGCUCCCCGGAAGUGAUGGCGAAGCAGGCGGCGUGCGCGUCCGACACCGCCACGGCAAUCUCCAAGCUCCCCGUCGUCGAAGCUCCCAAGCUCAACAGCUCGAGCGGAGAGAUCUGGAAAAUUGAUUGCGUAGUCCUUCGAGCCAACAAGCUGUCCAGAGUCAUGACGGCACGUCCCAGCAGCAUCGAGGAAUGGGUCCACCUUGUCCCUCACUUGCUGGAUGACGACGGCUGGCGGCCUAUCCUGGCAGGCGCUUCGACCGCCCUGUUGCACUGCAGCUGCCCUUGGGGUGGAACUUUGGUGAAGAUCUCCUUUCUGGAACAUUCUGAGGAUCUGUGGAGGGUUCUUGUCCGGCCAGAAGUGGCUUCAUGGGAGACCGGCAAGCUUGGGGAAUGGAGCCACGUGACCCUGGAGGAGCAGCUUGCGCUGGGGGAUGCUGUGGUUCACAUGGAGGCGCCCUGCGCCGCUGUGCGGCUCCUGGCGGCGCUGUUUGGUGCGACAGGCAUGCGGCUUGCCACGGAGAUGCGCGUGCGCACCUGGCGCGACUUCCCGCAGAGAGGCGAUGUGGCCCAGACCAUCACCAGCCUGUGCGAGUCUGAUGCCAUGACUUUUUGCCGCCCGACUGACAAAGGGGCCGUCCAUGUGUACCACAUCCUCCGAGUGCCGGGGAGCCUCGACUACUCCGAGAGCGUUACCGCGCAACUCGAAGGCGUCCUGCAGUCUGGAAAGGUCUUGGCACCACACCUUGUUCACCGACCGGGCAUCAGUGACAUCCGCCAACAUGACCAGCACUUCUAUCUUAUCCUCACCAUACAGAGCUGCAAGCGGGGAAUGCCUUUGUUGCCAGUGGGGAAUGUGCAUGCCCACGGGGAGCAUGUCACCACGAUCGAUGCCGGCAAGGGUAUGGGGCUGACUACUUGGGCCCGCUAUGAUCCUGCCAUGGUGGGAAGUGACAGAUUCUUCCUGUCGGAGUAUCUGCAACAGUUUGCGAAGAGCAUUGGCGAAAGCCUGGAGGCCUACCAAUCCUUGAAUGGGCAAGAGCUGCUCUUUUUCCAGUGCGCGGUCGCCAGAGAAGAAUGGUCCCGUGUUCAGCCGCGCAUUCAAGCUGCAUAUCGCCUGCAAAAGACGGCAUACCGCCACCUCAACGGUGGGGUACAUGCGCCGGGUCUGGUGGAGGGAGGCGCACCACGUUUCUGCCCAGACAAGGGCCUCACGCCUCCGCAAGGUCGCAUCGCGCGUCACCAACCCAAGGCUCAGGUCCGCAAGAUGUUCUUCGAGGGGGAGGAGGUCGAGGGUGACGAGGAGCAUUCGGCCCUCCGAAGCUGCAGACGCCACCACAGCGCCACGAUGUCCAGGGACGGCGACUGCAUCUGUGUUGCGUGA